UACUGGGUGUUAGAUCUCUGCUGGAAAACAAAAGAAAUGUUUGGAGGAUUUUACGAAAAAGCUGAAACUUUGUUGAGUCCUGCUGUUGAAAUAAUUUGUUAAAAAAUGACUGAAAGAGUUUUGGAAAGUUUCCUGAGCUGCCAUGUGUGUUCACAGACUUUCAGAGAUCCUGUGUCCCUGAGCUGCAACCACAGCUUCUGUUCAAGCUGCCUGAAGAAAUUCUGGGAACAAACUGGAUACAAGAACUGUCCCGUCUGUAAAAGAAGAUCUUCCAAGGAUCACAAAGAUGUCAAUUUUGGUCUGAAGGAAGUGGCUGAUUCAUUUGCUGGAAGACAGAAAUCUGGAUCAUCUGAGAGAGAAAGAGGAGAAAAGCAGCUGCUGGUGGUCUGCAGUAAACACCAAGAAGACCCUAAACUGUUCUGUAAAGACGAGCAGAGAGCUGUGUGUUCUGUCUGUGAGUUUUCUCUCCAUCAGAGUCACAAAGUGGUUUUUAUAGAACAAGCAGUCAGUGAGCUGAAGGAGCAGCUGAAAUCUGACUUAAAGUCUCUGCAGGACAAGAGGAACAAACACAAACAGGUGGAGAAAACAUACAAUGAUGUGAUUCAACACUCUAAGAAGCAGCUGUUGUCCACAGAGAGACAGAUCAGAGAAGAGUUCAACAAGCUCUGUCAGUUUCUGAGAGAGGAAGAGGAGUCCAGACUGGCAGCUCUGAGGGAGGAAGAGGAGCAGAAGGGGAAGACUAUCAGCAGAGAGAUGAAGAGGAUUCAGGAUCAGAUCUCCUCUCUAUCUCACAGUAUCUCUGCUGUUGAAGAAGACCUGCAGAAAGACCAGGUGUCGUUCCUCAGCAGUUAUAAAGCCACUCAGAGCAGAGCCAGAGCCCAGAGCUCACUGUCAGAUCCACAGCUGCUCUCAGGAGCUCUGAUAGAUGUGGCCAAACACCUGGGCAACCUGUCCUUCAGAGUCUGGGAGAAGAUGAAGGACAAGGUCCACUUCUGUCCUGUCAUUCUGGACCCAAACACUGCUAGUGGAUGGUUGUAUCUGUCUGAUGAUCUGACCAGUGUGAGACAUGGAGACACAAAGCAGCAGCUUCCUGAUAAUCCAGAGAGAAACACUUAUUACACAUCUGUUAUUGGUUCUGAGGGCUUCAGCUCAGGGAAACACAGCUGGGAGGUGGAGGUUGGAGAUCAUCCUAUGUGGAGUGUUGGUUUGGUCAAAGAGUUUGUUGACAGGAAGGGAGAGAUAAAGACUUCACCAAAAUAUGGAAUCUGGUGUUUGUGGCACGGUGAUGGAAAAUACACUAAUGGUGCUGGUCAGACUCUCACAGUGAAGAAGAGUCUCCAGAGGAUCAGAGUCCAGCUGGACUAUGACAGGGGGGAGGUGUCCUUCUACGACCCUGAAGACAUGUCCAACAUCUACACUCACAGAGACACUUUCACUGAGAAACUUUUUCUUAUUUUGGGUGUUGGAGAUGCUGAUGAUGCUAAAACAUCUGACAUCAAAAUCAGUUAAUCUGAGGUUUCUUUGUUAUUUUUGGACAAGUUAACUUUAAAGUGAUGAAAGUUAUUUGGUAAAUACUUUUUUUCCAUGUCAGGAAAUUAUUGUUCAACUUAAAUUUGAAUUUAAAUUUAUUUGAUUAUAAACCAAAAUGUAAAGUCAUCUUUCGUUUUGUCCGCAACCUCUGAGCAAUGAGAUUGUUUAGUUUUUUUAAUUUUCUUGACUUCUUUAUUAAUUUUACAUAUUACAAUGUUAAACUCAUUUCAAGGUAUUUUUUUUUUAUUUUAUUCUGUUGAUUAUUUCAGUUCAGUGUGAAUCUUUAAAGUUUGUCACAAUAUACAUUUCUAUUAUAAGAUCUAUUCCUGAAAUACAUGGAAAUUGAUUUAAUAAUUUCAUUUAUUUGAAAAAAUAUUUUCGUCUCAUCGAAUGUUUUUUGAAUUGUUUCUACUGUUUAGUUUCUACUUAAAAAAUAGAUAAAUAUAAAUAGUUUGUGCUAUUAUUGAUCUUGGAAAAUCUCAGGUUGUUUAAUUCUAUUUUUUAUAUUUCUAUGUUUUCACUUUAGUUAAACUCACCUCACUGAAAACUUUUAAAGUUUUAUAAUGAUACAAAUAGAUUCUAUAAUCCAGAAUAUUGAUCGUCACAUGGAUCUGUUUAUGUUGGUAAAUGCACAAUAAAUCAUAAAUCAAAGCUGAAGAGGAAAAUGUUCAAUCUCUGAUUGUUGAUGCUCCAAUCAGCUGUUCAUUAAAGUAAAACAACAGAACUGCUGUUUUCUCUUUGGAAAUGAUCCAAAAUGAAGCAGAACAAUGAAUUCAAACUGACAAGUCCUAA